CUGGCUGAUGAAGAUUGAUGCCUAAUCUUUAGGUCAUUUCAGUUUUCUACUGUAUUUCUUUUCAUAUGGUGCUACCUUUGGAAAUUUUAAAAAACAAAUACUGCAGGGCUGUAUUGAAAAUCACAAUAGAAUUGCCAUAAAAAGAAAACAGGCUUGUAAUUUUUCUUGAUUAAGAAAACCUGCUACCUUGAGAGGCAAAGCUCAUGAAGCAGUGCAGAUGCUUGGGAUAAUGACGGGAGGUUUUCUUUCACUUUUAGAUAAUUUCUGUACUGUGCCAUGUUGUGCUUAUUUUCAGGAACCACAUCAAGGGUGUUUGUCCCAGAAAAGUGCUGCCCUUCCUCUGCCUUGGCCCCUUCCCCAGCCACAUCUUGUUCUUUCUCACAGUGCUAUUACCAGCAAUCCUUGGUUGGCUCUGCAGCCAUCUGGCUGUUGUUGUUUGAGACUUAACAUUAGCCCCUUAGCUUCUGAGUUUCUAUACCUCUGUGGGUUUAAGUUGAUCAAAAGAUCAGCCACAGUCUAUCAGCUAUAAGCCACAGUUUUAAGUCUUACAUUAGAAUGUGAAAAUAAGUCAAGAAGUCCCAGAACCCAUCUUGAGGUUAUGGUACAGCAGCUGUGUGUGGUUAGGAUGGUUUCUAGGUGUGCUACAGCUGUCUUGGAGGUAGAGAAGAUGGUUAUGUUAAAACUGCCAGUCUGCUGCCUUUCAGUGUGAUUAAUCCUAAGGAAAAAGCAGAGAAGAAUAGAGAAUGUUAAAGAGGCAAUGUUUUCUUUGUGGAUGCACAUACAAUACAAGACUUGGCAGGAAAGUCUUUUUUUCACAGGACAAUAAAUUACUUCACUAAACAGGGGGAUAGGCUUGUUGAUGAAUGAGGAUUAUAUAGGCUGAAGCCUGAACUCUGAACCUUAAAAUAUCUUAUCCAACCAGUCAGACUGGGAGCACAACAGAGACACUGGUGGGAGAAAUUAAAGCUGCAGCCAUUGCUGCUUUUGCAUAUGCUUACCCAGAAUAUUUAACCCUUUGCCUUUCACGCUCUCUUCCACAGUAGGGAGCUGUAGAAAGUGAAAGAAGAAAGAUUUUCAGUUGUCAUAUUUUUAAACGGGAAUCUGAAUAGGUUUUCCUCCAGAUGCCCUUGAGGAAGGUGCCUGUGGAAUGUAACUCAUUUCAGUAAGGAAUUAAUUUAAAUGAGGAACUGUUAUUUGCAUUUUACCUACUAUUUAAUGGAGAGUGAGGUAUAAGACAGAUCCCCUGCUCCUUCAUGGAGAAAACACUGCGGAGAGUCAAUCAAGUUAGUACCAGAAUGAGAGGAAAGCUGAAACCAGAGUCUAAGCCUACAUUCUGCAGAUGUAGUGAUCUUUCUAAUUCAAGAAAAUUUCCAGUCUGGAAGAUGUCUCUCCUGGUUUCCCAGAUGAUAAAAAUCCAUAUCACAGGACUAUUUUGCUGAUACUAUUUUGCCCACUCCUGCCAGUGUCUGUAGAGAGUCCAGCAAUGAAAAAAUCACUCCUGGUUUUCACCAUUUUACACACAUGGGUAAGUGCCAGCUGGAAGAAUAAUGCUAAGGAGAAGUCUCUCUUAAAUUAUGUAUUGUCUUUUGAUACCUAAAGGUAUUGAUUGGGCCACAAAUAAAAUUUUCCCCACAACAACAUAAUUAUAUGCAGCGACAAAAUGUUAACAGGAGUAGGUGAGUUUGGCUAAAACAGUUGGCAGAGAUCACAUCAUCCACUGCAUCUUCCCCAACCCACCUGCAUCGAGUUGUUGACUGUGAAAUGAAGUUUGUCUCUCAAUAAGAAGUAGGUCUCAUAUUGUUUACUCUUCAAAUGCAACUGCCUCUCACUCCUGUGACAUAGACUGUGUUCCCGAUGGAACCCUUUUUCAGCCUCAGGAGUUCUGGAGAGAUUUUCUGGGUUUUGCCCAGAUUUUCUAUUGCAAGAGCCCAUUCUUUCUAAAGGUGUCUGCCCGAGGGCUCUUUGCUGUGCCUGUCUCUGUAGUCAGCCCAUGAGCAGCUGCUGUGUGGAAGCCUGGCAGACCCGUUCUGCAAGUGUGUGCCUUCCUGUCUGCUGUGUGUUGGACAUCCCUGGGGAGACAGCUGAGGAGAUCUAGAGAAGCAAAGAACCAAAGCUGGGCGGGACUGGAGUAGAAAAAUCAGUGAGGAGGAACUUGGUCAUAAGAAUUAAAACCGUACCAAGGUAGUCAUCAGCGUUACUGGGAGUGGCCUCACAAACUGGGAACCGGUAGCAGGAGAGCUUCAGGAAAAGACAACCGCAGGGCAAGGAAAGUGGUGUCGUUCAGGAAGUUGGGGUUGGAGACCUGCUUGCUUGUAACUGAACAUGGCAGGGGAUGUGAAAAGAUUCUCACGGAUGCUGCUGGAGUGCAAUAGCAAUGACAAGCUAUGUGUUGUGCGUGAACAUCAAACAGAAGUGAUCGUUGUCCCAGUUCUCCUGGUGGGACUUUUUGUCAUUGUACUCACUGUGAUCCUUUGGCUCCACUGCCGUGGCCUGCGAGCAAAACGGGAGCGAUCAGCACCAGCCGGAACCGAAGGGUCGAGAAAGAAUCAGCGGGAACUCUGCUCAACAGAGAACCACUACAUCCAGCUGAGUGAGAGGUCUGUGGAGGGCCUGCUAAAUUCUGCAUCCUUGACUCUAAAAGAAUUAGAGAUACCACGAGAGAAACUCUUGCCAGACACCUUGCAGCUGAUAAAACUUGGUGCCUACGGGAGCAUCUACAGGGCUCAGCUGGAAACUGGGAGCUGUGGGAAGACUAAGACUGUGGUAUUGAAAGCCUUGCAAGACCCGGCUAGUCCCCAGAAAGUAAAGGAUUUCUUGGGAAGGAUUAAAUUCCAUCAAAAUCUUGGCCAUCAUGAGAACCUGGUGAAAUUGUUUGGAUGUUGUGUAGACCAGCUCCCACUUUAUAUGGUCAUGGAGGAUGCAUCUCUCGGUGACCUGCUGACAUUUCUGUGGACAUGUCGGAAGGAUGUAAUGGCAAUGGAUGGUGUCCCCUAUGACUUCACUGAGAGGCAGGUAUAUGAGGUUGGACAGCAGGUUGCAGCAGCUCUGACUUAUCUCGAAGAAAAGAACUUGUUCCAUGGUGACAUUGCUGCCAGGAAUGUCCUCCUUCAUCACAACUUCACUGCUAAGCUCUGUGGUUUGGGCCUGGCCUACGAAGCUCACACACAUGGUGCCAGCUCGGUCACACGGAAAGUGCCCGUCAAGUGGCAGGCACCAGAGAGGCUCCUGAGCAAACCCCCUACCAUCAAGGCAGACAUAUGGUCUUUUGGAAUUCUACUGUAUGAAAUGAUUACAUUAGGUGCUCCACCAUAUCCUGAGGUUCCACCUUCUGACAUCUUAUCAUACCUGCAGAAACAGAACAUUAUGAAGCAGCCCUCAAGCUGCCAGCAAGCCAUGUACUGCAUCAUGAAGUCCUGCUGGCAGUGGAGUGAAGCUCAGCGGCCUUCUCCAGCACAGCUCUUGUGCUCCCUGAAAACAGCUAUGAAGACCAGCAAUGGGCACACAGUGCUGCAGGUGCCUGAGCCAGUGGUGCCUGAACUCUAUUCUGAUGUUGCUGGUGUUGAUGUGCACAGCCUGGUGAGGGAAUACACGAUCCUCUGAAUGGUCCUUUCAUAUUUUGUCAAAGGAGAAAGAAGUCUCAGAGUUUUCCCUUUCUAAAUAUUUUGUAAGCUCAGAACGAGGUGCGUAUGCUGGAAGGGAUCCCUUUGUUCUUCAGACACCUAUAAAAUCUCUCUUCCAUGCCAAACACAAGAAACUGUUAUCAUUAUUGUUAAAUCAACCUGUUGGUAUCAGUCAGCCAGCGGUCAUUUGGGAGUAAAGUGUGUUUAGGAAGCUGUAGAAAAUGUAAUGAGAAACUUGAGUUAAAGGAGUGUUAGGUUUGUGUGGCAAGGUUUGGGUGAUGGGGUGGACUUCAGAGGUGACUUUUGUGAGAAGAUGCCAGAAGCUUCCCCCAGCUCCACGAUGGACCUGCUGCUCGUUAAGGCUGAGCCUUCCUGCAACUCUGGUAGCACCUCUGUGAUUACGUAUUUAAGAAGGUGUAAAAGGUAGUGCACAACAGGAGGUGAAAGAGAAGAGUGUGAAUGUGAGAGGAACAGCUCUGCAAACACCCAGGGCAGGGCAGAAGGAGGAGCAGGAGCUACUCCAGGCUCCAGAGCUGAGGUUCCCCUGAGAUUCCGUGGUGCAGCCCACAGAGAGGUGGCCGGGCCCCUGCAGCCCUUGGAGGGCAGGGGGUGCAGAGAUCCAUCUGCAGCCCCUGGAGGUGCCCAUGCCAGAGCAGAGGGAUGUCUGAAGCAGGCUGUGACUCCAAGGGAAGCCUGUGCUGGAGCAGGAUCCUGGUAGAAUCUGUGGAGAGAGGAGCCCUCAUUGGAGAAGGACUGCACCUUAUGGAAGGGGACUCAUGCUGGAGCAUUUCAUGAGAAACAACCCUUGUGAAGAACUCAUGUUGGAGAAAUUCCUGAAGGACCUAGUCUCCUUUGGAGGGACUCUCCACUGGAGCAGGAGAAGUGUGAGGAGUCCUCCCCCUGAGGAGGAAGGAGCAGCAGAGACAAUGUGAGAUGAACUGACCACAGCCUCCAUUCUUCCUGCUGGAUGAAAAGAGGUAGAGAAAUGGGGAGUGAAGCUGAGCGUGGGAAGAAGGGAGGGGUGGAGGAAGGUGUUUCAAGAUUUGGGAUUUUUCUCAUUAUACUUCCUAAUUUGAUUAGCAAUAAACUAAUUUUUCCCAACUUAAGUCUGUUUUGCUCAUAACAGUAAUUGGUGAACAAUCUCUUGCUGUCCUUAUCUUGACCUGGGGGCCUU